CUGCUGCCGAAGUAAAAUUCUAAGUCUCGAUAAUAAGUUCAAGACAAGAGAAUAUGGAAGUCAACGAAGAUUCCAGGAAGGACUCAUAUCAAUACUCAACAGAUGUACAGUCAUCAGUCAAGAAGAAAAUUAAGUUUAACAAUGGAUUCAAGACAUUCAUGAUAGCCCUGUCAUUCAGCUUUAUUUGCAAAGCUCUAGGAGGAGUGAUCAUGAAAAGUUCCAUCACUCAUAUAGAAAGAAGAUUUGGUACAACAUCAUCUGAAGCCGGAUUAAUUGAUGGAAGUUUUGAAAUAGGCAAUUUAUUGGUGAUUACAUUGGUAAGUCAUUUUGGAGCCAAAUCACACAUUCCACGAAUAAUUGGAACUGGAUGUUUCAUUAUGGGAAUUGGAAGUAUUAUAAUUGCAUUACCUCAUUUCUUCAUGGGAUAUUAUAAGUAUGAAUCAGCAUUAAAUGUCAACUCACUUGAGAACUCAACAGUAGCCUAUGUUCCUUGCUCCACUGAUCUCAGUUCAUUUGGCAACAACAAAUCAUCUGUCCCAUUAGAGUCAGGUUGCAAAAGUGAAUCUGGUCUACCCACAUGGAUAUAUAUAAUGAUAGGAAACAUGUUACGUGGGAUUGGGGAAACUCCAAUUGGAACCCUGGGAAUCACAUACAUUGAUAAUUUUGCUAAAGAAGGACAUUCAGUUUUUUACAUAGGUAUUUUGCAUUCGUUGUCAAUGUUUGGCCCAAUGAUUGGUUUUCUGCUGGGAUCAUUAUGUGCAAAACUAUAUGUGGACAUUGGAUAUGUAGACCUGAGUACUAUAACGAUAAAGCCAACUGAUACCCGUUGGGUUGGUGCUUGGUGGCUUGGCUUUGUCAUAUUGGCAAUAUUUAGUUUUGCUGCUGGGACACCAUUCUUUUUCAUUCCUAAGCAUCUGAAGAAAGAAAGAAAGGAAAGAAAAAUUUCAGGGUCUUUGGAUGUACCUAGUACCAAUGAAAGUAAAAGGCAAAGGAAGAAUUUUAAAAAUCCUAAACCAACAAAGGAACCUAAAGAAUUGGCAAGUUUUUUCUAUUCCUUGAAAUGUAUCCUGGUUAACCGGAUGUAUGUUAUCUACUUGAUUGCAUCAUUCCUUAACUUUAGUUCCUUUAUUGGCUACAUUACUUUCCUGGCAAAAUAUUUAGAACAACAGUUUGCCCAAUCAGUGUCUAAAACCAACUUUUUACUUGGAAUAACAACGAUGCCUGUAGUUGCUAUUUCAAUUUUAUUAGGAGGAUACAUUUCUAAAAAAUUCAAAUUAAGCAUCCUUGGAGGUACCAAAAUAUUCAUCUUUUCUCAGAUGAUAACUUUUAUUCUUAACAUUUUACUUUUAUCAUUCACCUGUGAAAGAAGACCUGUAGCUGGCUUAACAGCAACUUAUAAUGGGAGUCAGCCAGAGAUACAUCCUCAAAACACCCCAUUCUCUUUCUGCAAUUCAGACUGUAAUUGUGAUGCACAUCUAUGGGAUCCUGUCUGUGGGGACAAUGGACUCACUUACAUAUCACCAUGUUUGGCUGGAUGUAAAUCUUCAGUAGGCCACGGAAAGGACUUGGCAUUUCAUAACUGUAGCUGUGUUGCUGCUAAUAAUCUCCUCUCCAGAAACACCUCAGCUAAUUUGGGUGAAUGUCCAAGGAAAGAUGAUUGUUCAAGAAACUUAAUUUAUUUCAUGGUAGUGCAAGUUUUCAGUUCUUUUUCCUUUGGAAUAGGAGGUCCUGCUUCAGUAAUGCUGAUUUUUAAGAAUGUUGAGCCUGAACUGAAAUCACUUGCAAUGGGUUUUCAUUUCCUGAUUAAUCGAAUAAUAGGAGGAAUUUUAGCCCCCAUCUAUUUUGGAGCAAUGAUAGAUACAACAUGUCUGAAAUGGGCCAUCAAUAAAUGUGGAGGUAAAGGAUCUUGUAGAAUAUAUGAUUCGAUGUCAUAUAGAAACAUCUUCUUUGGCUUGAGUUUGGCAAUAAAAUCACCAAUGUUCAUCUUAUAUAUCAUUUUAUACAUAAUUAUGAAGAAAAACUAUAAAGAAAACAACACUGGAUCAUUGAAUAAUGGAGUAAUAAAUGUGGAUGAAUCAAACCUUAAAGAGCCUUUAAAAAAUAACAAACAGUUUGAAUCCUUUGCUCAUGAAGACAGUGAAACACACAUUUAGAAAAGAUUGUCCUAUUACUUCUUCACAACCAAGAUUUUUUGGUUCCUUCUUUAAUGAGAUCCUAUUUAAUAAAAUCAUCUAGGAGCAGAUAUUUGAUUUAUUUAUCAUGCUCUUUUUAAGGUGAAAUUCAAAAUUAUUGAAUAUCAGUUCCUUCUCACUGAGAACACCUACACUUUUUUUUUUCCUUACAGAACAUUAAUUAGGGAUAUGGAAUUGAUAAUGGCAUAAAACCUAAAUGAAAAAAGGGGUGUUGAAACAUGUCUUGCUACAGUAUAGCUCUGUGAUUAUGAUGAAACUACAUUGUUCAUAAGUUAAUAACUAAAAUGAUUGUGAGACAAUAAAUGACUGGAAGAAAAA